AUGGGGAGCCGUCUAGAAAAGAACUCGGCAGCACAGCGGAAACGCAUUGCGAGCCAUGAGUUUACCGACGAAGGCGGCGACGAGUAUGAAGCGAGCGAGUUUGGCGGAUUCGACGACUACUUCCGGAGGAAGAAGCUCAAACUCCAAAACCUCGAUGUCGAGUUACGCGCCGCAGCUCCCGAGAAGCCCCAGAUCUUCAAGGACGUUGUGGCACAUGUCACAGGCUAUACCCAGCCGCCCCUGCAUGUCCUGCACAAGGAACUCGUCCAGCAUGGCGCUGGUUUCCUGCAGUACCUGGAUGGCAAAACCAUGGCAACCCAUAUUAUUGCCUCGGCCAUGCCACCCAAGAAGACGGUCGACUUCUCAAAAUACCGUGUCGUCAAGCCAGCCUGGGUCAUGGACUCAAUAAAUGCGGGGAGACUCCUGCCCUGGACUGACUAUCGCGUUAUCGAUGAAGGGCCUAGGCAAAAAACCAUCAAGUUUGACGGGGCCAAAAUAUACAGCCAGGCCACACAGAAGUCUCCCCUUGGGUACCGCGAACAGACCCAGAACAGCUUUUACACGAGCCAGUUCCAAAGGCCCACUGAUCGUCUAGCCUCUCACCAGGCUUCCAGCAGUCCAUUCACGCCCAGGACCUCCGCGAAGUUCGAUUCGCUUGAGGUCGAAGCCUUCGAUGAUAUCGAUAUUGUGGACACGGAUUUCCUUCUUGAGGAGCCGACCAUGGCGGAGCCAGAUCCUGGGAAAUCGGAUCUCCCUCCGCAAGUUGAGACUUCGAAGUCAGAAGCCGAGGGGGUCAAGACGACUAGCCCUGAGCCUGCAGACCAGAUGCCUGUCUCACCGAAACAGCCACCUUCCGCUAAACCGAUGACUUCUGAGGAACACAAUGCCAUGCUUCUCGCGGAUCCCAAGAUUCGCAAGUCAUCCACCGCCAACCCAGACUUCUUGAAGCAGUAUUACUCCGAAAGCCGCCUACAUCACCUUUCUACGUGGAAAGCCCAAGUGAAGUCGCGCUUGCAGAGUCUCACUGCCGAAAAAGCCCCAGCUGCGAAGGGAGUCAAACGGAAGAGUGGCUCACGUCGGUAUAUCAUGCACGUGGACUUUGACAGCUUUUUCUGCGCUGUCUCGCUCAAGCAUGCCCCCGAGUAUCGCGAUAAGCCAGCUGUCGUCGCCCACGGCACUGGUAGCGGCUCUGAAAUAGCUUCCUGCAACUACCCCGCUAGGAAAUUCGGCGUCAAGAACGGCAUGUGGAUGAAGCGCGCUCUCGAGCUCUGCCCGGAGCUCAAAGUGUUGCCUUACGAUUUCCCUGCCUACGAAGAAGCGAGCCGGCUGUUCUACGAUGCCAUCCUCAGCGUCGGAGGCAUUGUUCAGAGCGUGAGUAUUGACGAAGCCCUCGUUGAUGUCACCGAUGUUGUUCUCUCCGAGGCUGGUUCCAAAGGCUUUGGCAUCAGCGAAGGUAGCAUUUGGAGAGAACAAGAAAAGGCGGAUGAGAUCGCAACGAAUCUACGGGCCGAUAUCAAGAACAAGACAGAUUGUCACGUCUCGGUCGGAAUUGGCGGCAAUAUCUUGUUGGCGAAGAUUGCCCUACGAAAGGCGAAACCCGCCGGCCAAUAUCAAAUCAAACCCGAGGAGGUCCUGGACAUUCUUAGCGAUCUCAAAGUCGAAGAUCUUCCCGGCGUUGCGUACAGUAUUGGCGGGAAGCUCGAAGAACUAGGCAUUAAGCUCGUCAGGGACAUCCGGCAGACUUCCAAGGAGCGGCUAGUCUCUGUCUUGGGACCAAAGACAGGCGAGAAGCUCUGGGAUUAUGCUCGUGGAAUCGACCACACCGAAGUCGGAGAACAGCCAAUUCGAAAGUCCGUCUCGGCCGACGUGAACUGGGGGAUCCGCUUCAUCAGCCAGGAGGAAGCCGAGGAAUUCGUUUACAAUUUGUGCAAGGAGUUGGAGCGCCGCCUUCUGAAUGAGGGGGUAAAGGGGAAGCAUCUAACCAUGAAAAUCAUGCGGCGAGCCCUAGACGCGCCGUUGGACCCCCCGAAACACUUGGGCCACGGCAAAUGCGACACAUUUACCAAGAGCGUCACAUUCGGCGUCGCCACGAACGAUAGUGCGCAGAUGGGGAAGGAGGCGGUAGCGAUUUUGCGCUCCUACAAGUUCAGCCCUGGGGACCUCAGGGGAUUAGGAGUGCAGAUGACGAAACUAGAACCCCUGAAGCCGUCUGCUGCCCCCGAGGGAAGUCAGAAGAAGCUCAGUUUUGGCAAUGUCAAGACAGCCUCCUCAACAAAGAGACCUACCACAGAGCCCAUUGACGAGGACCCUGGUAUACCAAACCCACGCCGUUCGUCCGGCCAAGAAUUUGAGCAGGAUCCUAUUACGGUCGACCCAUUAACGCCGAGAAAACCCAAGGUUCAUCCCGCGCUAGCCCUGGCAAGGGCGAACGCGGCAGACGAGAAAGCUAACUCCCCACUCAACAUCACUGGGACCCAGUUCAUAAUUCCUUCCAACCCUGAUCCCGCUGUGGUCGCCGAACUUCCCUCCGACAUCCGCAGUAGGCUAGUAAACCAAGCCAAGCGUGCACCAGCCACCGCUGGCUCAUCACGGGAAGCAUCACCCGCGGUUGUCAAGUCUCGCUCCCACAGCCCAGCUGCUGCCGUUACCGAUGAGAUCCCCCCUGACGUCGACCCAGACGUCUUCAACGCUCUCCCAAAGGAGAUGAAGGCCGAGGUGCUAGCCUCGUACGGCCGCAGGAGACAGCAGCAACGGCAGGGCGGCGGCGGUGGCGGCGUCGGGCAAACCGUCCUGCCACAGUCGCCGCGCAAAGACAGGGUGAUGCACCGGCCGAGAGAGAGAUUGACUCCGACCAAGCGCGGCGGCAUCAAGAGCUUGUUCGGCCGAGCCCGAGGGCGAGAGCGCCAGCAGGACGCUGAGGCGGGGCUGAUGCAGACUAGCUUUGCCAGACAGCAACUACAACAACAGCAGCAGGGACCAGACGGUGAUGCCGACUUGGUGGGAGAUUUGGACCCGGCGUUCCUUGCCGAGCUACCCGAGGAUGUCCGCCGCGAGGUGGUCGAGGAUCACAGGCGACGGCGGCUUGCCCAGCGGUCAGGCUUGACUGCUCCGCCGUUAGCUGCUUUGCGUCGAGACCGGGCUGCCGCUGCUGCUGGUGGUGGUGGUGUGGGCGGAGAUGGACUCCCCCGUGGUCAAACCAGGCUUAGGUUCCCCGCGAAACCGCCCAAGGUUGUGUUCACGCAGUCCGGGCUGACGUCGUUGGGGGAACUUGAGGAUGUGCUGGGUGUUUGGCAUGCUGCCACCCAAGAGGAGGGUCCGCACCGAGCCGAUGUGGAGGUGUUUGAGAGGUAUGUUGCCAGGGUUGUUACGGAGGAGCGGGAUAUGGACAAGGCGAGGAAGCUUGUCAAGUGGUUGGCCUGGGUAGUGGACGAGGGGGCUGAGGGCCCGGGGAAGGAGGUUUGGAGAGAGGCGGUGGAAAGCGUGAAGACCGCGGUUCAGAGGGCUAUGAAAGAAAGGGGGUUGGGGGCUAUGGAGUUUGGAUGA